GUGGCGCCACCUGGCAGCGAACUAGUGAAGCGAAGCCGCCGGCGCGCGGCGGAGGGAAGCGCCGCAGCCAUCAGAAGGGAGGCAGCGGUCGUCACAGCGUGAAGCCCUCGGCGGGUACUGAGGACGUCGCCACGACGACGACGGAUGCCGCGUGCAAGGAGGAAGCUAAGCUGGUUGCGUCUGCCUGCAGCCCACGCUCGAGUGGAGAGGCGAGCGACUACACGACAGCAAGUGAAGCCACGCUGAAGGCUGAUAGCAUCCCCAGCGAGCUCCCUGUGAAUGCUGCAGAGCAGCUACCACAUGAGGGCACCCCGUGCGAGAACGAUGCUGCUACUAGUACUACUGCUACGGAGGAGGAGUACAGUGCUGUGGUGGUUGCAGAGCCGUUGAAGAAGACUAUUCAUGACUAUCUGAAGAGCAGCCAGUCUGGUGGCAAUGUAGUGGGCCUAGACUGGCUUUUCAACAAUGGUGACACGUCGCCAGCAACGGAGGCACGGGCGGACGAGCGAGCGGAGACUCUAAGCCUACAGCUGGAGCCAGCACACCCACGCCCGCGACACAAGCACACGUCAAGCGCCCCAGCAAAGCUAGUGCUCACUGACACCUUGUCUCCAACCUCCUCCACCAAGCUUCUCCUCUCCGGAAGCACUACCACGUCCCCGUCAUCUGAGGACACGGCUGUGAUGGCGCCACCGGAGAGCAGCCGCAGCCAGGGGGCGAUACCGAAGCGGCGUCCACAUCGAUCUUCUAGCACACCGGAAGAGCCUAGCUCUGACUCCAUGGACCUCGGCCGCCUAGCCAGCUUCCUGAUGAAAAUGGAUGAUGAGGCUCCGGCAGGGAGAACGAUUGAACUAGGUCGCAUCAAAGACAAAGUGCCACGUGCAGGUUUAGAUUCACCGAGUAAGAGCAAGGUGAAAGCACGGCGGCGGCACACUGCAGGGUCAGUGUGUUCAACCGGCAACUACAACAUGCCUGAGCUGUCCUCGCUUCUACAUGCUAGGAGUGAUAGCAGCAGCAGCAUCCGAUCUAGAAGGAGGAGCAGCAGUAGCCGGUCUUCACGGCAUAGCUCUCGUCUAGAGUGCAGUGGUCCAGUUAGUGCUGCGCUAGAGCCACCUGCUGGCCACUUGGCCACCUCGUAUGAGGAUACUACUCAGGGAGCCACCCACUAUUUUCAGGAUGAAUUGGGUAAUUGGCUGAUGUACACAUUUGGUGAUAGCAGUGCUGGCAUUGCCCAAAGGCUGGCUAAGAUUCCUGAUCAGUGGGAAACACAAUCCGGGACCAGUAGCACGACGUCGUCGGCCAACUCUGCCGUGAACGUCAUGGACACGACUGCGCCCGUGCAGAUUUUUCGGCCGACCGCGACCUCUGGAGAGGUCACCACGGUUGACCUUGACCACCUUGGCAGCACGGCGGCACGUCUCCGUGGCAUCCAGAGGACUCCGUUUGAGGCGCUGUUAGACCGCUCGCGUCUUUCUGGCGUUGGCGACAGUAAUUUUUCGCACACGAGUUCACGGCUUGGCACGGACACGGAAGCAAGCCUCAGUAACCGUCUCGAUGAGAAGAUGGCUAAAAACAAGAACUUCUACCGCUUCUGGUUGCUGCCACUGUUGCCAUUUGUCAAGAUCCAGUUUGACCGGCUUGAGCUGCUUGCCUUAUUGGAUAGGAAUGUAGGAGUGAUGGAUAAUGUGAUUGCUGUCUUGCUGGCCAUGGCAGUGGGGGCUCUUGGUGCCCUGAUGCUCGCUCAUAACUUCUUCCAAGACUUCUGGAUUUUCCUUUUCUGCUUCAUCAUGGCUGGUUGCCAAUAUUCAUUGCUCAAGAGUGUACAACCUGAUGCAGCCUCACCCACACAUGGUUACAACAGAAUCAUAGCAUUUAGCCGUCCCGCGUACUUCUGCGUCUGCUGCUCACUGACACUGAUACUGGAGAACAGUGCGCAUCACGUGGACGACAAGAACCCUCUCACUCUGUACGGUGUGCAGGUCACCAGCUUACAUCUACUACUGUUCACGUGUGACCUUAUCAAAGUGUUUAUUCUGUGUUUUCCCGUGAUCUUCACACUGGGCUUGCUGCCCCAAGUUAACACAUUCUCCACCUACUUGUUAGAGCAGAUAGAUAUCCACUGCUUUGGAGGCACGGCGACGACGGGUCUGGGUGCAGCUCUGUAUGGAGUAUGCCGAAGUCUGCUUGCAUGUACAGUGCUUUACGGGUUCUGCUACGGUGCUCUCAGAGAACCACUGUCUAGUCACCACGUCGUAUUUUCCAUCUACUGUGGCCUUCUGGUAGCCAUUUCCUACCAUCUUAGCCGUAGUGCCAGUGAUCCAGGCGUGCUCUGGUCCAUCGUAAGUGACCAUGCAUGGCCAGAAGAAGAGCCAGCUGGACCACCGAAGGAAAAGGAGCAGAAUGAGAUCAUUGACCCACUGCCAGAGAAGCUGAAGAGCACUGUGCUUGAGCGGUUAAAGUCGGACCUCGUGGUGUGCGUGUGUGCAGCCGUGCUAGUGUUUGCCAUUCACCUGAGUACGGUGUUUACUAGAUUACAGCCGACACUGAGGCACGUGCUGCACAUCAUGGUCGGAGUGCUGAGCCUGCUGGUGCACUAUGUGGUGCCGCAGCUGCGAGCGCAGCUUCCCUGGCUCUGCUGCUCACAUCCACUGCUCAAGUCGAGCGAAUAUAACCUCUUUGAAGUGCGAGAAGCGGCCAAGGUGAUGUGGUUUGAGAAGCUCUACGUGUGGUUACAGUUUGCUGAAAAGUUCAUCUUAUUACCAGUAGUCUUCCUCAGUGCCUUAACCAUCUCAGCUGAAGAUAUUGUAGAUAAAUUUAAUGUUGUGGGAGGUUCUGCAGUGAUCGUCGUGUGCAGUAUGAAGCUGAUGCGCAGUGCAUUCUGCGACGCUGGCAAGCAGUAUGUCGUCAUCGCCUUCACUGUCUUCUUCUUCACCUACGACUUCAAGUCAGCCUCCGAGACUCUUCUCAUCGAUCUCUUCUUCAUGUCCAUCAUCAUCAGCAAGAUCAAUGACUACCUAUUGAAGAUGAAGUUUGUGAUCACAUACAUUGCGCCAUGGCAGAUUACCUGGGGUUCUGCCUUCCACGCAUUCGCUCAGCCAUUCAGCGUACCUCACUCAGCAAUGUUGUUCGUGCAAGCGUUCAUCUCUUCAAUCUUCUCCACGCCGCUGAGUCCGUUCCUCGGUAGCGCCAUCUUCCUGACGUCCUACGUUCGCCCGGUCAAGUUCUGGGAGCGCGACUACAACACAAAGCGGGUAGAUCACACAAAUACCAGGUUGUCUUCACACCUCGAGACAAAUUUACGCAAUCCAGGAGCAGAUGAUAAUAACCUAAACUCGAUAUUCUACGAGCACUUGACGCGCUCACUGCAGCACAGUCUGUGUGGUGAUCUCUCGUUGGGCCGCUGGGGCAACUGCAGUUCCGGAGACUGCUUCAUUCUUGCGUCUGACUACCUGAACUGUCUUGUGCACAUCAUAGAGAUGGGAAAUGGGUUGGUCACCUUCCAGAUGCGUGGACUGGAGUUCAGGGGUACCUACUGUCAACAGAGAGAGGUUGAAGCCAUCACAGAAGGUGUGGAUGAGGACGAUGGCUUCUGCUGCUGUGAGCCCGGCCACUUCCCACAUUGUCUCUCCAUCAAUGCAGCUUUCAACCAGCGCUGGCUUGCCUGGGAGGUAACAGCUACUAAGUAUGUUCUGGAAGGGUACAGCAUUAGUGACAACAGUGCAGCGUCCAUGCUGCAAGUAUUUGACCUGCGUAAGGUGCUCAUCACAUACUAUGUGAAGAGCAUCGUGUAUUACACGGUGCGCUCGCCCAAGCUGGAGGAGUGGCUUGCCAGCGAAGCUGUGAUCACUGCCAUCCAGCGCACAUAUGACAAGUCGUUCGUCGACGUAGACCCGGUCUUCAACAUGAACAUCGACGAGGACUACGACUACCACCAGGCCGGAAUCACGAUCUCGAGCUUCUGCAACGUCUACCUGCCGUGGAUGCAGCACUGCGCGGGCCGGCGGCAGCAGCCGAUCGACAGCUCGCGUGACUCGCCGCUCGUGCUGCUCUGCUUUGCGCUCUGCCUGCUGGGACGGCGCGCGCUCGGUGCUGCCUCACACAACACGCCCUCCAGCGUGGACUACUUUUUGUAUGGCCUGCACGCACUGUUCAAGGGAGACUUCCGUAUCACUUCGCCGCGCGAUGAGUGGGUGUUUGCUGACAUGGAGCUGUUGCGGCGUGUGGUGGCGCCAGGUGUGCGCAUGUCACUGAAGCUACAUCAGGAUCAUUUCACGUCACCGGAUGAGUAUGACGAUCCCCAGGUGCUGUAUGAUGCUAUCUCGAAGCACGAGCAAAACCUGGUCAUAUCCCAUGAAGGUGACCCGGCAUGGAGAAAUGCAGUGCUGUCAAACACACCCUCGCUACUCGCUCUCAGGCAUGUGUUUGAUGAUGGUUCCGAUGAGUACAAGAUCAUUAUGCUGAACAAACGAUACCUCAACUUCAGAGUAAUCAAGGUGAACCGUGAGUGUGUUCGAGGGCUGUGGGCUGGUCAGCAGCAGGAGCUGGUCUUCCUGCGUAAUCGCAACCCGGAGCGUGGCAGCAUCCAGAACGCGAAGCAGGCGCUGCGUAACAUGAUCAACUCAUCGUGCGACCAGCCGAUUGGCUACCCGAUCUACGUGUCGCCGCUGACGACGUCGUACGCGGACAGCAACGAGCAGCUGAUGCAGAUCGUGGGCGGCUCGAUCAGUCUAAACAAGAUCAAGCACUUCCUGAUCACGUUCUUCCGAAGGUUGCGCCAGCGAUGUGGUGCCGGAUGCUCUAGUGGUGGGUCGGCGCAGAUAAAUUCCACGGUGCAGGAAGAGGGCCAGGCGAACGAUGCUUCUCCUAGCAUUACUCCUCAAAACAACCCUGCUCCAGCACAGCAAGAAGUCAACAUGACUCUGGGUAGCCAAUCAGGGGACAGCUGUGGAACUGUACACAACCUGGGAGCUAAUCGGGGAAGCUUGAUAUCAACUAGCAGCUCAGCAGGCAAACCUGGCAGCGGAGGGACCCUGGCUGGACUGACUGGUCUGUUGCCUGUAUCAGACAACAGAGAUCACCAACACCAACAACAACUACCAUGCAUCAUCAGGAUUAUUGACCCAAACCAGGUGUAUGAUACAAUUAACCUUGGUCGAAGGAUCGACGUUCAGUGGCCAUGCGAGGAAUGGAGGCAGAAAGGCGGGAAAAACUUCUGGAAGGAUUGGAAUCCCGAGAAGGGGAUGGAAGGACAGGUGGUUCAUAAGUGGGUUCCCUGCCAUCGCGACCCGGGCAAACGUUCACAUGUCGAUCGCACUAUUCUCCUAGUCAGCGUCGACGAGAAGUACAUUCCUGUGGCACAAGAGGGCGUUGUCGAGCUGGAGAACGUAUGAUUCGUCGAUGGUGUGUG